UCACCACAUGGGCACUAUUGUGUGCACCUGCCACACCUGUCGUAACUUUUCUCACUUCCGCUUGUGACGACGAAAGAUCACCCGAAAGCUCCUACUUUUCACCCUAAUUCGCCUCACUUCGACGUGUAAAAAGCUGACUAACAAGAAGGGAUUUAAAUGAUGCCCCUGACCACAUGGAGAAUGUGUUUCUUACUGCAUUAGUGUGACAUUUUCAUAUUUAGAGACAGUUUUGCAUUUUUCCUGCCUCCCGAGAGCUCCAAAAAUGUCCGGCCAGGUGCCCGGCGAAGAGACUACGCUCCUGCCAGUCACUCUGAAUGCACCCAUUCAGCUGACUGCAAGCGACAAGACCGCAGAAGUAGAAUUCAAGGAGGAAGAAGACGAAAAAUCGAAGGAUGAUGAAGACGUUCCGGGUGCUGACGACGUCACCUUGCCGUGGCCCGGCGACCGGGAGAAAAAGAGCCAGAACACAGACGCCGUGUCGGCGGGAACGCCGACGCCUGACGACGAUGACGGCGGGCUGAGCAAAGCCAAGUGGCGCGAGAGCAUGCCCGAGGGCGACAAGUGGAGAGACGACACGCCGGCAUCGCCGAGGGACAGCAAGGGAGACGGCUCGUUGGCCGACGACGAAGAAGAAGAAAUCGAAGACGAGUCCAGUUGGGUGCCGGAAAAAGGCGCUCCGGUUUUCACGCCGCAGGUGAAAAUCGUGCGGCGACAGUCCAGCGAGGUCGUCCCUCUAGAGAGUAGACUGGACGUUGAUGAAGAUGACCAGCAACAGUACUACAAAGAGACGCUUCAUUAUGACUACGAUUGUAACGAACCCAAGGAGAAAAUCUAUUUGAGUGACGUGUGCAGUGAGAAGCUCAAACUGGCGUUGUGGACGGCGUCGGCCGCACUAAUUUUCCCCUUUCUGGUGUGGGGAGGGUACGCGCUCCUACCCUUUGACUCCCCGCUGAUGGGCAGCGCCCCCCACAGGGUAGUUUACACAUUGCGCUGCGCCGUCUUUGCCUCGGUGCCAGUAAUGCUAGGUGUGGUGGUGCAGGGUGUGGCCAGAAUUCGCUACGGUGAAGUGAAACCGCGUUUCCAGAACCCAUCGCCGAACCAGAAGGUGUCGGUGCACGCGCAUUACGUCAGCCAAUCGGUGGGGCUCUUCCUCUUCUACUUCCUGCAGCUGGCUGUCUUGGCGUCUUACGUCAGCCACGACCUCAUCAAAAUGGUGCCGCUGCUCAGCGUCAUUUUUGUCUUCGGAAGGUUGAUCUACUGGCUGUGCUUGUCGCUAGGCAGCAGCGUCCGCGGCCUCGGCUUCGGCCUGUCCUUCUUCCCGAUGUUGGUCAUGCUGGCCGCCAACAUCUACUACGUCUCCUCCUCGACGGGAACGGAGUCCGUCUUCGACGUGGAGCCACCCACCACGGCCCCUCCGCCCCAGCAGCGCUGGUGGGGCUGACUGCCAGGUGGGACACUAACGAAAGCCAUCCUUACAAAGAUUUCUUUUUUUUUCCCUACAAAAUCAGACAAUAUAUUUUGUACAGCUUAAAAGCAACUGUAAAUAAGAAAUUUUCAAAUAUUACUGUCUCGAGUUUGAAUGAAUAUUUAUGAGCGGCCAAUCACGCGCGGGGAUAAAACCCGUUCAAUAAAAGCGAUGAAACAGACGAGCACACGCUUGAACUUCACUCCGUUUGUCAUUUAAUAUAUAAAAUACAGUAAAACAUACGCAAAAAGGAGAAGGUUUCAAGGGACUUGGAUACUUUGGUACAACAAACACUUUCUGUAAAAGCGGUAUAGAAUUUCAAUAACAUCAGUGCAUACUUUUGUAUAUGAAAAUAUACACAAACUGUAUAUCGUUCAAGAAAAACAAAACGGCAAAACAUCUUUACAUCAAAACCCAUAGCAGACUAGCUCAACACAAUAUAUUAGCUAUAAAUUUCAUCUUUAGUAUUUUAUUUGCUACAUCAUUCUGACUGCGUGUGACAUAUCGCUUACCUGCGUCCCAUGCGUCUAAACACAUUUCAAAUUCCACCAAUUUGUCUUUAUAAAUAUAUUCUAUAUCUGGAUGAAAACUGCAGCAUUUCACUGGUACGUUCCUUUUAUUGCAUUUGCUAAUACCGCAUUGUCCGAUCGUGCAAGUUGCUUUGAACAAAAAGGAAACCAGUUUGAAUGUCGGUGACAAAAAUAGGGGUCCAGAAUUACAAGCUACACAAACCAAAAAGCUCCGUUUUAACUGUUUGGAGCUGCACUGAACCAGCACAAAGAAAUUGAUUUGAAAAAUAAAAUAACAGCAUCGUACAUGACAAGUAACAGGGGUCCAAGUGUGGUGUAUAUUGUCAUUUGACUUACACAGGGCAGGAUCGACCAGUUGGGAUGGUGUCACUUUGCAGCCGGCCAUUGUUUAACUCUUUGAACCCACUAGUCCCAAUAAUGACCAAAAAAACCUUUAUUAUUGAUGACAAAGAGGCUACCAAUGACAUCUGGUUAGGAUGUCUGGAAAAAAUUGGGAUAAAACGGGUUAAAUCUGUAAUUGGCCAAUAAAUAUUAAGGGCCACAAUUUUUUAAAUAUAUUUUUUGGGGGAAAAAAAAUAACAUACAUGCAGUUCAAUGGACAGCAUCAUUUUUGCCAUCACAUCUUUAACUCAUUCACUGCCAGUGACGGCAAAUGACACCCAAUCAGUUAAGUUGCAAUUAUUUUACAGUGGUACCUCUGCAUACGAAGUUAAUUCGUUCCAUGACCUUGUUUGUAAGUCGAAAUGGUCGUAUGUCGAGCAGGAUUUCCCCAUAAGAAUACAUUAUAAUUCCAUUAAUUUGUUCCCACAGCCCAGAAACUUACACAAAAUCCUUAAUAAAUACUGCUGGAACUAUUACAAAUGGCAAUUACAGAUAGCAAAACAAAUUAUUAAUAAAAAAAUGAUUCCUGUAAUGGUAGCUAAUCUGGUUCUAUUGUGGCUGACGUGUUUUGCAUGCUGACGUGACAGAGAGGGAGCAGUGCGGUUGAGAGUUUACUUUCACUUUUAAUAUUUUGUUGACAAUAAGGUGCCCAAAAAAAAUCGAUUAAUAGAUGCAUCGCGAUUAGACACGUGACGAUUCGAUUAUGAUUCAUAAAUGUUCAAAAAUGAUGAUUUUCCCUAAUAACGUCAUGACAGCCGCUCGUAGCGGAACGAAAUUCAAGACACGUCUGCCGCCCGGCCACCUUUAACGCACGCACGCACAACGUUAUGAUGGAUGUUGCCAGUUAAUAAGCGAGAGAUUUACUCCUUUUCAAAAAACAGGAUAAUAAAUUUGUGUAUGAGACAGACAGGUCUUCUGUGCACAAGCUAUUUUUUUAGAGCGAGGGGGGGAACAGAGAGAGUUUGUUGCCCCUUGUUUUUCAGUUGUCCAGCAGUAGGUUCAAGUCGUGUUAAUUGGAAAAAGUCCCUAGUGUUUUGCUAAGUCCCGUGUCCGUCUAUCAUAGGUGAGUACACAAACCCUCUUGUACUGUGUCAACUCAUGUCAAGUUGUUCGUUGUUUGGUGGUGUACAAAAGUUAUUCCAGAUGCAGAACGUGUAAAACCAGGAUUAAGUUCAGCGGUAACACUACAAACAUGCGAAAUAGUACAGAAAUCUGUGAAAACAAAUUAUAUUGGUUAAAAGAAGUCUUAUUUCUAAAGACACUUUCUUUGUUUCCAGAAAAAGUGGAACUCAUUCCACCAAUGUUCAACUUAUUGCAUUGUUGAGAGAAAUAAGUACUGCUGUUUGAAACGGCUAAUGUUUUUGCAUCUUAUUUUGUAGGCAUGUUGAGAAAUACGUACUGCCUUUAAAAUGAAUGUUUUUGCACUUUCUUGUAAAAAGAAAAAAAAAACAAAAAAAAACGCAGUUUAAGGGCAGCUUUUUGUUGUAUGGGCAUGUUUCCGUCGUUCCUGUUGAAUCAUUAGGAUAUUUUCAAAAAAUAAUGGACAUAAAUUUGUUUGGCUACUUUAUUAAUUAGUAAUGUACGAUGCAUCGAUAAUCCUGAUCAUCGCUCAAUAAUCGAAUCGUAGCACCCUGAAUCGUAAUCGAAUUGAGUCGCGUGGUGCUUAAGAUGGCACACCCGUAUUUGAGAACACUGUCUACUGCGGCGGACAGUAGGCAUGUUGUGUUGGACAAGUUCUGAAAUAAAUUAUAAUAACCUGACGAAGCAGGCGAUUUCUUUGGUGAUGUUACCACAACAAUAAUUUUCACCUUAACUUAUAAUAACUGGCGAACGAGGUCUGAGAAGGACCGCGGAGAUAUAGACAUUCUACGGCUGUAUUGUUGAGCCUACUCACGGAUGCGCAUCCCAUGCUCAUAUUUUUCUAUCAUUUGCAACUUCAAUUCAAGCAAGCAUCACCUUUUUCCUUGUUUCACCACCUAUACCAACCUUUUUGAAACCUGUGUUGAUUUCCAAGAAAAUCCGCCACGCGUCGCUCUCAUAUGUAGAAACAAAUAGCAAGUAAAAUUUUACGUUGUAUGUAGAGGGACCACUGUAUUAAUAUUUUGAAAUGUCAAAGUGUCUAAGUGUCAUUUGAGAUUUUCUCAAUUUGUAAACCAGACUUGAGAAAAAUGAUCUUAAUAUUUUGAUAUAUUUUAUAUUGCUUUGUUGACAAAAUGAUUUUUCCCCCCAUUAAAAAGCAUGUAUCUCAUGUUUAAAAAAAAAACAAACUUAAAUUUACUGUAAAACUGUUGCAAUGUAAACCAUGUAUCUCCAAAUGUGAUUGAGAUGUAUUGAAACAUUCUCUGAACCGCCGCUAUCUGUCAAAAAGCAUGUUUUCCACCCUUAAUUGGUAAAAUUACUCCAUAAGAGAAAAAAGUAAACUAUUUGGCAAUAUAGAUUUGAGCAACCUAUCUCUGAAAAUGUGAUUGUCCAAUCAAAACAAAAGAGUGACGGAACUUAUCCGUCCUGCCAUUUUUUUUGACUAGGAGUCUUUUAAAAGUGGAUUCUGUGGUAAUGCAAUAACAGUCUUAACAGAGCUUAGCAUUUUAAAGCUCUGCGUUUUUUUUUUGUGUCUUUUUUUGUUUUUAAUAUUAUCAAGUGUUACAACACUAAGCGCUGCCAGUCCACGCGUGGGCUUAACAGUCAAGUGACCGCACACAAGUAGGCGUGUUUAAGGAGGGGGGAUUAUUUGGGGUCAGAGUAGACAUCAUCUAAUUCGACUAAAGAACUUGUGCACACACAUUCACACACUGAAAUGAUGGCGACGGAACCAAUUCCUAUUAAAAAUGACAUCAAACAAUCUGUCGACUUUACUGGUUGCCGUAGAAAAAGGGAUAAAUGUGUCUAGAUAUGAUAAGCUAGGCUAACGUGAGGGCAGUGAUUGUGUGUGUGUUUGUGUUGCUUUUCCAACGUGCGUGUUGGGUGUGUAGCAAAAAUGACAACAACACGACCGAGCAGGCGCUAAGUGGGGUACGCUACCCAAACAUAUCAACGUCACGCUUGUUUAUAAUAAUAAUAAUAAUAGCGGACAGAUCCACUGAGUCGACUUGAUUUUUUUUUUGUGGGUUUUUGUGUUUUGUUUUAGGGCUAGCUAGCAAAGUCUAUGCAAAUAUACUCAUAUGUACAUACACGCGCUUGAAGCCAAAAAGCCAACGGAAGCGGUAGAAAUAUAGAAAACGUCCGUUCACUUUGGAGAAAAGAUGGAGACGGCUAGCUCGUGCGCUUAAGAGGACAUCAAAGUUUCACGGCGGAGAGUGCGACUUUUUCUACAAAGUGACGGACCUUCGGAACCAGUACCGGCAGAGAGAGAACACCACGGCGUGGCGACGACAGUCUCAGUUUCGUGUGCGUCGCCUUUCGUUUGGCAUUCCGAGGACAAGACGGCGUUGGCACCAGGCGCUCCAGAAAACCAAAAAAUGAACUGCAGCGUGGGAGGGAUUUGCUGAAAAAUGGACAGGUUCAAAAUCCGUGCUAAGCAGGUAGUAAGGUCCGCUGAAUGUGGAGGUGAAAAACUAAUGGCUGGAUGCAACUAGACUCUUGUCAGUUGGUAAUGUUUCACCGUUAAUUCAAGAGGCUUCCAUACCUGGAAAACUCAACUGUUGCAUUGUGGGAUUCAUUCAUAGCGGCUGUCUGGACUGUACGCCUGCUUCCCAAUUGAAAAAGUCCAUUGAUGUGAUAACUAAGCAACUACAUCAGUUGCACUAUUGUCACUAUGUCAUAGUUACAGCACUUCAAGUCACUUUAUAUUGUGGGUCAUCUCUGCAUUAAUUGCUCAGAUGUCAUUGUUUGGUGCUUUUGCACUACUUUCAUUUUUUUUUUACAUGGUUAAGUGGCUCUUUGUCCUAAAUGUAGCUUGUUUCUUAUAAUACUAGCAUGGCUCUAAAUACCAGAGACAAAUCCCAAGUAUGGUCCUAACAUACUUGGCCAAUAAACACAAUUCUGAUGGGAUCGAUACAACCUGAGAUUUCGAAGUGAAGAAGCCUUUUGUAUUAAAGCUAAAACAUCUUGAGGCACCAACAGCAGUUCAACUUUUUCCUGGAUGAACAUGCGCAGACGUGUCGGUGCUGAGGCUAAAAUCUUGUAAAAGCGCGCGGUGAGGCAUCGGUAUGUAACGUCCUCACGUGUGGCGUGUACAACGUGACGUGAUGUGUUUAAGUGUCGUCCGAACCUCCCUUCGCGCUGGCGGCCGCAGCUUAGGUGACCCAGGCGUCCAAUCUCAUCCUCUUGAUGUUGCCCCCUUCUUGCUCCGGCGAGGAACUGAAGUCAGAGCGGCCCUGCCCGACGUUCCCCGCGGCGGCCGUGACCAUGGUGGUUGUGGUGGUGUUGUUCGGGCCACCGCCGCCGCCCGUAUCUUCGCGGUCACUGCCUUCGAAAGAGCUGGCGUUGCUGCUCACACUGUCAGCGGGCGAGCGUCCCGUGGGGGGCUCCAGGCACAGAAGCGAGCCAGGAUAUUGGGGCGGCGCCGCCAGGGUGGCGCCCGAGGACGGGGGCGGCGGCGCUGGCGGAGGGCAAGGGGUGCUGCGGUCCCGGCCAGGCGACACUGGCUCCGACUUGAUGCUGAUGCCGCUGCUGGUGUUUACCGUCAACAUGGCGCCUUGAGGUAUGUGCGCCACAGGCCUGAGCGGAAGACGAGUGCACGUUAAAACAAAUCGAAGCUAAUGCGAUGACGUCACAUUUAAAAGACACGACGCAAAAACACGAAGCCAUUUUCAACAAGCCUGUGAUGCAUUCGGGGACCCUGUGGCGGACACACAAAAACGGGACUGUUCCGGAAGUGAAAGCGCAACACUUUGAAUUCUUGGCCAGAACAUCACAACAAACCCAAGGCGCUUAUGCUAGCAUGCUAAGCUAGAAGACACUUAGGACGUUUACAUGCGCGUUUAUUGCCAUAUUUAGGAUGAUUUACUUGUUUUGCUUUUAGUUGACUUUUUGCAGGAAAGACAUUUCAAGUAGCAAAACUCAUUCAAGUUAAGCUGAGAUAACGUUGACCUCACUUUUAACAGGAAGAUAAAUUAUUGCAUUUACAAGUAUAAAACUUAAAUCAAUAUUUAACACAGAAAAAAAAUGGUCAUUUCAUACCUGUGUAACAGCUUAGAAUGAUCAACAAUACUUUUUCCAUAUCACUGGAGUCAAGCCCCCAUAUGUCCAAAUUUGGUCACUUCACAUUUUUUACACAAACCGGUCAGUGGGUUAUGUUCUUUUUUUCAGUGCUGAAAAUGUAAGCUUGAUACCAGCGAUAUGGCACAAACUAGCCAGCUAGCAUGUAAAGAGUGACGCAUGCUGAACUUGUCCUUCUCCAGUGACGUUACCUACACAUCACACAAGCCAAGUGUGUUAGUUGCAUUAACUAUAGAGGGUCUUCUGUUUACGACA